GUUUAAGAAAUCACCCACAGCUGCAGAAAUGCACAAAUACAGCGUUACCGUUAAACGGCAUUACCUCUGUCCCGCUGUGUAGCUCAGUCUCCAUGGAAACAUGGACAGCACGCUGGCAAUGCUGCUUCUUAACCGAGCUAACAGCUUCUAAAAAAAACUAAUGCUACGUAAAUGGCGAUACAGUGAGGCUAAAGUUUAUAAGGAGAUAGCGACCUGAUUAGUUCAUGUUAUUAAACUAUUCGGGGACAGGUGGAGCGGUUAAUUAGCAGCCUAAUUAGUUUAGUUAAACACGCUAGCCAACUGAGUUCAGGGGUUUACUGUAGCUAGUUAACUAAGUCACUAUCCGAAAUUAUAAUACUCAUUAUCAGAAGACUAAAGCUAUGACGUAGCUGAGUUAUAACGCGCUAGUAUACGGAAUAUUGAGGUUUUUUUUUACACGAGGUAGUUUGUGUUGUGAAGGCGAGCUCAUGUGUUUAGCGAGCUAGCUAACCCUGAAACCUAGCAUUGUGCUUUUUUAUCAGGUCACUAUGAAGCGGAUAAGUGAUUCACACAGAGCCUGGUCUGUGGAGGGACUGAAGGUGUUGAGCUCAGCUUCUCCUCCUGACCACAACCUAAGUCUCACAGCAGCUGAGCACAGUGAGAAGGAUAAAAUAAAAUGUACAGGAACACGGUACAUUACAGAAGACUUUAUUAAGAAGUUGAGCAAGCAAGACAAUUUAUCCCUUGUGCGCUCCUUAAAUCUGUCCACUACUCAUGGAGAUAAAUGCUUCAGGUACAUUGAGAAUUUGGACAAGUGUGACCGUGUUCAGGUUCUCAACCUUAGUAACAACAUCAUUGAAAAAAUUGAGAAAUUGGAGAGGCUUCAUCAGUUACGAGAGCUGCACCUUUCUAAUAACAGAAUAAAGAAAAUAGAAGGACUAGAGCAAAUGGCAAACCUACAGAUUCUGAAUCUCUCCAACAAUAACAUUGAACAAGUGCCGGUGUGGUUGGGGAAGAAACUUAGAUCCCUUCAGAAGCUAAACCUUCAGAAAAAUAAGAUAUUUUCUCUUCAUGAGCUUGCCAAGUUAAAGCUUUUAAAAAGCCUAACUGAGCUGACAUUAGCAGAGAAUCCUGUGUCUGACCUUCCGCACUACCGCCUUUUCUUAGUCUUCCAUUUGAGGUCACUGGAGUUUCUGGACGGAGAGCCAAUCAGCACGCAGGAGCGAGAAAAUGCACAUCAACGCUUUCAUGCUGAGGAGGUAGAGCGUCUGGAGCAGGAGCUGGAGGAAAGAGGAGCAGAGAUAGAACAACUUCAGGAGGAGAAAGCUGUAGCUUUAAAGGACUUGGAACAUCAAGAGAAGCUGCAGGAAAGCCUAAAGCAGCAAAGUCAGGAGCAACAGCAGCGACAGGAACAGCUUGAAAUGGAGCUGGACACCAAGUCCGAACUGCUUAAGCAGAAGACUAUGGAGCUGACUCGGGCCUGCCAGAAGCAGUAUGAGCUUGAGCAAGAACUGGCUUUUCAUAAGAUAGAUACUAAGUUUGAACCACUUCCGUUUUAUCCUAAUCAUGACCUGAGGGCAGAAGAUGUGCUGGGUGAGAGUCCAUACAUUGGAAAAGCCCGCCACAAAAGGAAUACAUUUACAUUAGACAAUGUCGAUGCAGGGGACAGACGUCUGGCCACAGGAGGUGUCAUGGAUACAGACAAACUGGAGGAGGAGUCUAGCCAUGACUUGGCAAAAGUGGCUAUAGCAGAGGAGCGUCUACAGCAGCUUCGCAAGGAGAUGGAGUUUACAGAGCGACAGAUCCUGAGAGCCAGUGAGGAGCUGCAACAACUAGAAGAAGCAGCAUCUCAAAAACGAAUUACAGAAGCUGAGAAGGAUAAUCUUAGACAACAGCUGCACAUGAAGAUCCAGAAGCUGAGCGAGAUGCAGCAGGAGGCGGUGACCCUGGAGAAGCAGCUGGAUAGACAGAGCUCUGAACUCAGUGAGGCUCAAGGGGAGCUGGACCAGCUCCAGAGCUUACUGCACACAUUAAAGCCAGAGGACCUCAGACACGCUCAUGUGAAGGCACAGUUAGCCAGUAAGAAUCAGCUGCUGGCCAUCAUGAGCAGGAAGCAGCAUGAGUUGGAAGGCCGACUGGAUGACAUGCUCAGUCGCAUCGCCGAGGAGACACAAGAGAUCAAAGAUCUGGAGCAACAGCUUACUGACGGUCAGAUAGCAGCCAAUGAAGCACUGAAGAAGGAUCUAGAGGGCAUUAUCUCUGGCCUUCAGGACUACCUGCAUGGGGUAAAGGAUCAGGCUCGACAGGCCCAAUUUGACUGUUUACGUCUCCAGAAGGAUAAAGAUGCUUUACAGCAACUCCUUUGGGACAAAGAUCAGCAGCUCAGUCGACUGCAGCAAGUAGCCCAGAUAUGUGACAACACAAAGAAGGAUCUGUUGCAGCACCAGGAUGAGUUGCAAGCUCUCCGAAUGGAAAAUAUAGAGCUGAAGGAGGCUCAAGGUCAGGUCAGUGCCUAUGAAGCUGAACUGGAGGCUCAGCUGCAAGAGAGGGACUCUAAGGCCAGCCACCUGAAGGACGAGCUGUGUCGUUUCCAGCGGCUUAGUCAGCUAGAGCAAUCUGCACUGCAGGCUGAACUGCAGAAGGAGAGACAGGCUAAAGAAAAUGCACUGGCUCAGCUGCAGCUAGCUGCAGAGAGCGAACUGGAGAACACUCAUCUCCUGCAACAACUUAACACACUGCAGAGGGAGAAGGAUGUUCUAUUGGAGAAGGUCAAAGUCCUGCAAAAAGACUUGCAGCAGAGCAAGAGUGAGUUGUUGUGCCCUAAACAAGUGGCUAAGAGUUUGCAGGGGCUGAAGAGAAUCAUUGCCACGGGAUCAGGGGAACUGAGCAGAGCGAAUGGUGCUGGAGAUGUGCUGAGUAAAAGCUUGGCUGAACUACAGGAAGAACUGCAUCUCACAGUGUCUGCUGCGUUGAGAGAACGAGAUGAGGCCCAGAGUGCUCAGGAUAGGCUGGCACGUGAGAUGGCCUUUCUCAGAAACAGGCUUACACACUAUCAGCAGAAAUACCAGAAUGCAUGUGAAGAGGCUCAACAGGCCAGGGCAGCAGAACGGCAUGAGGACGAGGCUGAGCUCCUCCAUCUCAGGCAGGAGCUGCAGAAAGCACAGGAGCAGCAGUUCCUGACACUGCAGCAUCUGCAUGAAGUCGAGAGUGAAAAAGAUGGUUUGCUCUUGGAGUUAAAGAAGCAAGACAAACAGGUAAAGGCUGAGGAGACUCUAACACAAGAGCAGUUACAAUCCUUGGAGCUGGAGUUAAGAGAGCUUAGGAAAUCCUUCACCAUCGCUGAACAACUGGCUGCUGAGCAGCUAAAUGCUGCCACAGAUCAGCUUCGCUCACUCCACAGCACAGUGCAGAGGAUCAGUCAGGAGAGAGCAGAGGAUGCAGAGCUGCUAGAAGAAUCCAGGAUGCAGGCUGCUCAAGCCAUGCAAGAUCUCACCAAGGCAGAAGCAGAAAUACAAGAUCUGCAGAAGCUGCUUCAAGACAGGGUUGCUCUUUCAGACAUCGAUAGCCUCAGCAUCCCACACCUCAGUUUUCAAAAUCAAGAGUUAGCCAAACUGAAUCAAGUUUUGAAAAGCCAACAGAUUCAGACCAAACGUCUUCGAGAACAGCUCGCUCAGGCACUAGAAGAUAACAGCGGAAACCUGGAUGAGCUGAUUGAGGAAAUUGAAGCCCUUAGAGAUACUCUGCUGCAGCAGAGCAAUUACCUGUCCAGUUUCGAGCGUACACCACACAGAGGAGGAUACUGGUACUACGUACCACCAUACCAAGAUCACCCCAGUCUUGGUUCUCAGGCUACACAGGACUCUGGCCUGGGUUCUCAGUAUGUCUCAUCACCUGACAGAGGCAAACGUUACAGACGCCAUCAGCAAAAAGAGACAAGAUCCUCUUCCAGCUCUGGAUACUGGGUUUAUUCUCCCCACCCACAUGACCAACACAAUUAUGGGAGAACAGAAUCUUCAUACAGAAACAGUGAUGGUGAGAGUGAUGUGGAUGGUGUUGGAGGAACUAAUUUUUCUCCUCCACCGGGCUCAAUCAUCUACACAGUCCCCCCUGAUGGCACCCAUCUUCCCCCAGGCAUGGUCAUCUAUGCCCCUCCUGUACCAGGCCUGGCAAUAGGCCCUGGUGCAGUGUUUUAUGGCCCUCCACCCGAAGGGGUCAGGCUGGUUUAUGGCCCUCCUCCCAGUGGUCUACAUAGUCCUGUAAUCCCUAAUGGCGCUCUACACUGCAAUGUGCCUGGCCAUCUGAAGAUGACACACUCUUCAAAAGUGACAGACCAUUCUUUAAGAGAGCAACAGUCAGAAAACGUGGCAUGUGAGGAGGAACUGCUGAGGCUGGAGGAGCAGAGAUCAGAUUUCCAGAUGGAGCUUAAAGAGCUGCGGGGGGCUGUGAGCCGACUUCAGCGCCACAAGAAGCUGCUAGAAAAGUCAUUGAGCCGUGCAGAAGAAGAAGACACUGUAAUGAAUGAAACUGAGGUUUUGGAGAAAACUCUGCUCAAACGCCGGACUGAUCUUCGAGAGGUGGAAAGCCUGCUAUCAGAUGCAGAAGCAAACCUAAAUGGUACCAGAGCUAAGAACAAAGAUACUUUGAAACGCUGCAGUGAAACUGAGAGGCAGUUAAAAGAGGCAGAAUGUGAGCUUGAGGAGAUUAAACUGCAAAUUCAGGAUAGCACCAGGCAGCUAGGACACACCAAACAACAGCUUCGGGAUCUUCAAGAAGAGAUAAAGGAUCUGCAAAGAUGUAAGCGGGAUCAGGAGAACUCACUAAAACAUGUGGGAAAAGUAUUUGCAGUUCAAGAUGAGUUCCAAGAAGUCAACCGAAAUCUGAGGAGAGUAACUGAUAAAAUGGAUGACAUGCAAAAGGAGCUGAGAGCAACACAGAGCCAGGAAGCAAAUGUUUUCAUGGGCUACAGGGACUCUGAGGACAUCCUGCACACCCGCAGGAAAGAGCUGGAGCAUCUAAACACCCAGGUGCUGCUGCAGAAGGAACAGCUGUCUUUGCUGGGGCGAAAGCUAGAGCAGUGGCGGGAGGAGGAGAGCGUUGUGAGGGCAAAUGUGGAAAAGCACAGGCAGAGCCUGGUGGAGGUGCUGAGGCAGGGAGAAGAGGAUGCGCACAGCCUGCAGCAACACAUUAAGGAUCUGCGUGCAGAUGUGCAGGCUCUUGCUGUGCAAAGGGGGGAACUGGAUUCCCAGCUCUCAGAGCGGAGAGGACGACUGGCUCAGUAUAAAAAGGAAGAGAAGAAAAUGCAGGAGAAGGUGCACAACCAACGUGCAGUCAUUGACAAGCACAAAGCAGAGCUAAAGCAUGUCCUAGACAUGAUCCAAAUGGAGAGUGUGGAGCUAGAGAGAGUGAAGGUUCAGCACAACCAGAAACUGGAGCAGCUGGAGAAAAGCCAAGAGACUUUGCUACAGGUACGCCUGGAACUGCAGGAGGUGGAGAAGGAGCUGCAGGAGCAACACGCUGAGCAGGAGAGGCAGCGGAGACUGCAGGAACAGGAGCUCCUCACAUUAAAAGAGCAGUCUAAUGCUGCAGCUAUAGAGAAGAACAGCCUGCUGGAGCAGUGCUCCAACCUGGAGGCCCGCCGCUCACAUGCUCAAAGGAGUCAGGAAACAGCAGAGGAGGGGGAGCGGAAAGCAGAGGCAGAGUUGCUGAAACUGCAGACGGAGCUGGCCAAGCUGAAGCAGGAGCACAGACAUGCCAUAAGUAUUCGAGAAGAGAUCACCAGAGAUUCUGCCAGAACCCAGAAACAGCUAGAAGAGAAAGCUAAGGAUCUGAAUAAACUGAAGGAAGAUAUUGAACACUCAACAAUUCAGCUAGAAAAAAUCAGAAAGGAGGUAGAAGGUGCUCAGCGAGAGCUGGGUGAUGUUGUAAAGCAGCACCAGCAUCAGAAGGCUGUGAUGCAGGAUAAAAUUCAGAGGAGGCAGCAAAGAAUUGACAAACUGGAGCAGCAACUAAAGGAAAUUGAAUCAUCUGUGGAAAAGAAAGAGAUGCAAUUUGAGCGACAGGAGGAGCGCCUGAUGAUCCAGCAGCAGCAGAGUUUAGAGCUGGAGGAGCUACAGAGACAGCAGCAGCAGAAGUUGCAGUCUCAGCUGCAGGCACUAGAGGAAGCUCUGUCAAAGCGAGUGGAGAAGAUGGAGCAGGUUUCGGUUGCUGUGGAGCAGCUAGAAGUGCAGAAACGCAUCCUGUUGGCAGAUCAGCAGCAGUGUGCUUUACUGCAGGACAGAAUAGCACAGCUGGAGCAAGACCUGGCUGAAAGUGAGGCGAGGCUGCGUUCUAGCACAGAGGAGCAGAGAGGAGCAAAGGAGGAACUUGAGACCUGUCGCUCUGAAAUCCAGAUUCUUCAAGGGAGUCUAGCCACCGAGAGGGAGCGUGCUGAGACCCUGAUAAGCUUCAAUCUUACUGACCGGGAUAAACAUCAGCAGGCUGAGCUAUGGAGUUGGGGACAGGAGGAGAACCACAUGUGUGAGAUUAAGGACACAGUACGCUCCCUGAGGGCUGAAGUCCAAGCAGAGCUGGACAGUGGUUUGAAAGAGCUAGAGUUGCAGCCAACAUCAGACAUGGCCAAUGACGAGGAGAAGCACACAUCAGCUGUGCGGAAUCCGGGGAAAUUAUCCUACAGCACCAGAGAUGAGCAGUGGAGAGGAGAAGUGCUAAGAGAGAAGCUGAGACAGCAUGAAGAUAAUCUGAAGGCGCAGCUGCGCAGGUGCAUGUUCUCUCAGCAGGAGGCGCUGAGUCUGCGCAGGCAGCAGACGGAGGGAAGCAUCCAGGGCCUGCGGAGACGAGUAGACAAGCUGGACCAGCUACUGACCAAGUCCGGCCAUGAUUUUCCAUGCACAAGUGACUUCAGCCUUCUGCCCAGUUACAUGUGUUCCGACACUGAGAGGAGGCGGCAGCGAGAGCAGAGAGAGCGAUCCUUAAGUCCAAUCAGGCUGGACCCCACUAUUCCUGAGAAAGAGCAAACACACAUGCUGAGCCAAGUGCACUGAGGCCAAAUCUUUCACUCUGCGUAUAGAAGAUUCACUCCUGUGAGUACAUGAGGAUGGUAAAUUUAAAGGUGCAAAUAUUCUGGGUUUGUUCAUGUUUACUACCUCAGAGCCAAAAAGAGUCAGUGUUGCUUCUUUUGCUUGAGGGAGACUGUUGAAGUGUGAUGUUUAUAUGUUUUUUUAAAGAAGAUUUUUAAUAAUGUUUUUAAUAAAAUUAUAAAAUGUGCCUUAGAUCCGUAGUAAAUGUGAAGGGUUUAAAACUUUUAUUUCAUCUUGACUGUUAAAAAUGACUGGUGGUUUGGUGCCUUUUUACUAUUUUGUACUAUACAUACCCAUGACAAAGUACCACCAAGUAAAAUAUUUAUUACAGCACUUAACAUUUUAUAUACUAUAUUGUUACUUAAAUAUGACAAUUGUGUGCAAUAAAAUUAUU